AUGGUUUCCGCCAAGAAGCACGUCCCUAUCGUCAAGAAGCGCACCAAGCGCUUCGAACGACACCAGUCGGAUCGUUUCAUGAGAGUAGACCCCUCAUGGCGUAAGCCCAAGGGUAUUGACAGCCGAGUCCGCCGUCGAUUCCGUGGCACCAUUGCCAUGCCCUCUAUCGGUUACGGAUCCAACCAGAAGACCCGUUACAUGGCCCCCUCCGGCUUCAAGGCCUUCCUCGUCAGCAACAAAUCAGAUGUUGAACUCCUCCUUAUGCAUAACAGGACCCAUGCUGCCGAGAUCGCCCACAACGUCUCUUCCCGAAAGCGAGUUGAGAUCAUCGCUCGUGCCAAGCAACUGGGAGUCAAGGUCACCAACCCCAAGGCCAAGGUUACCACCGAGGUUUAA